AUGGCUAUUGAUCUUUGCAACGAAAUCAAUCGCCAUGCCGGAGCGAUUCUCACGGUACCCGAGAAGGGGCUUGUAGGUUGCCAUCGUCCUACAGUAGCAGCAACCUCAAUAUCGCCUCGUGCCAGCUCCUUCCAAUCUUCGAUAUCUACCCAGUCUCAGGAAGCAACAAAGCCAAGCGUCUAUUCUUCAAGUCCAGUUACUCUAUCUCUCCCGAGCCCUCUUCUCACUACAACUCUACAAACGUCUACAACGUUCCAGGACCCUACAUCCUCGCCAUCACCAAAAUCGGCAAUCUCACCACCCGCCGGCUCCCAGCUUCCCGACUCUCUUGGCACCUCUCUCCCAGACACCAACGGAAGUCUUGUGCCUAGAAACUCCCGUGACUUCUCUCAGACCGGUGGUGUCAUAGGCGGGGUUGUCCUUGUCCUCGCAAUUCUCGUAAUACUUUACUUUUGUCGCAAGGCACGCCGUGAACCCCGGCACCGCUCCAUUAGAGGGGCUCCCUCCUCUUUCAGAUUCCUCAAGCCGUGGAAGGUCAAGGCAAAUCUCGAAGAGCUGCUCUCUCAACGCGAGAGAGAAAAACAAGACUACGGACUACCAAUGGCACAGCCCAUUUACUCCUCUGACAAUAUGGCAGUUGCGAGUGACGGAUAUCGCCUCGCGAUGCCGGAACCGUCGUUCGCUCCGCUACGUGCGAACCGCUCGUCGAGUUUGUACUCUGGAAGCAUCUUGAAUGGGCUGCCGCAGUACUUCCCACCCAGCCCGAAUACACCCACCUGGACCCUGGUUAUUCCAAAAACGUGCACUGGCCCGAGAGCUCGUGGUUUGAGUGGUUAUUUCGAGGGGACUGGGGAUCAGGAGCAGAGGAAACCAUUUUUUAGACCGCGCUCAGAAAACAACAUUGACCGCGUCUAUUCGGCCUUCGACAUUCAAGAUGGAGAGAAGAUACGAGCGAGGCCGUUGUCUGUGGCGAGUUCCGUUAUGAAAGACAUGGAGGGCGGAAAUGUAUCUCUUUUGCGGCAUGACCCCCACGCAAGGCCGUGGUCCGCUUAUAGUAGGAGGAGCUCAGUAUACUCGACAUCGACAUAUACUUCAGCUCCAAAAUUCGCACCAAGAAUCAACACCACGACGCGCGAUCUCGACGCAGACCUACGUCUAAGUCCCGAUAUGGACCAAGAAAACGGCAUCCGCAACCCAUCGAACAUGGCCGCCAAGAAUCAGCUACUCAUCAAACCUAGCACAAGCUCAUACAUGUUCACCGGCAGCAGUAAACUCAGGAACGAGAUGGAGAUGGUCGUUGGGGGGCGCGAGGCUACUUCGGCUGAGGAUAGAGAAGGGGGGGUCGAGGUUGGAGCCUUGGGAGAGGAGGGAGAUUACGAGGACGAGGCUGAGAGAGCAAUGAUGGAGAAGGCGAGGAGGUAUAAAGGGAAGAUUCGGCCGGGGAUGGGGGUUCAGAAAAGCCAGAGAGGAAGAUAG